AUGGGCAUCUCUCAGGAUUUAAUCCUUUUGACUCUACUGGUAACUUUCCCGUUCCUCGGUUUUACAUCUGCGGAUUUACAGGGCAAGUUGCAGCUGGAGAAUUUUCAAAGAACGCACAACGAUACAUUGUCAGAUCUUAUAUUUUUAUUAGACACCUCUGGAAGCUUGUGGUACUACGAUCACUCGAGCAGGAGCAUGAAAGUUGGCUUCGACGAUGAAAAAGUGUUCGUCAACUCGUUGUUGAGCCACAUACGAGUCAGUUUGGCUGCAACAAGAGUUUCGAUAGUUUUAUUUGGCACCAGAGCUACCCUCGAUAUCAAUUACGUGACUGAUUUGAACAUUAAUAAUCACAAGUGUAACUUUAAGAAAAGCUUUUACGCUUUGAAAUUUCGUUCUGGAUUAACCAAUAUGCACGAUGCAUUCCAGUACGCUUAUGACAUCAUAUUUGGAACUUUAAGUGGCAACAAGCGACCAAAUGCGCUUGCUAAAACGGCCGUUUUCCUUCUCACAGACGGAAUGUGGAAUGCUGGUGGAGAUCCUAACAAUAUUGCUAAAACAUUAAAACAAAAUAACAUUGAGAUAUUCUCAAUUGGGGUGACGAAUGGUAUCAACGAGAACGUGUUGAAGCAACUUGCUACUGAUGACAACCACGCAUUUCAUUAUAAUUCUUUUACCCAGUUCAGGGAGCUAGCGAAUCAUCUGAGAGGAGGUAAUUCAGACCCGUAAGGUUACGAUACUCACCAAAUAUCCUGUAUACGGAAGGAAAAUGUUUCAAGGCCAUUCAUCGUUGGAUCUACCCGAAUAAACUAAGAUAAUUAACCCCCCGAUAGGAUUAUCAAAUCAGUAGUGAUUUACCGAUCGAACACUUGAUUAAAUACUCCAGAGAAAUCAUUCAGAACUAGGACUCUCCGACAAACUCUCAAGAAAAUUUCAAAAUUUUUUAUUCUAAAUUCUAAAUCAUUUUAAUUUUUUGUAUUAAUGGAGUUGAUCGAAUGUUUAGCCUUUACAUGAUAAAGAAAGAUUCGUUCCAAAAUUCGAACAUUCCAUAUUAGUUUUCUGAUAAAACUUACUUUGAAGCGGAAGAAAAUGCUAGUUUAUUGUAAAUUUUCUUUUAAUCAAUAUCCUUUCACCCUAUUGUGCUGUUCAGUCCUCCUUCAUUGAUAACAAUCUCUAGAUAGUGGGCAGAUUGUGAUUUACCUUUGCUAAGUCUUUAAGCGUUAUGUCUGUUAAUUUUUCCCUUACCAGAUCCAUACGAGAUAGACUGGGAAAUUAAUCAGCCAAUGAGUUUUUGUGGUUCUUGCGACGGUAUAGCUUAUUGUGCGUGCGGUCUUCUAAGCGGGGAAUAUAAGUGUUCUUGCCCUGAGGGUUUAUAUGGAAGCGGAUACACUAACGACUGCCAUCGUAAGUACACGAAUCCUAUCACCGGAAAUCAUAGGUGGAAUUCAAAUAGGUCGCAUGGCAUGAAUAAAAUUCACUAGAAUCCCAAUUCUUCCAACCUUUAAUGGAAAAGGUGUUGGGUUUACAUUAUCCGAAGGUUCGAAAAUCAGUAACAUCUAAAUUGCACCGUUUCAACGGGAACGAGAGCUCGGCUUUGAUUCGAAUCAUCAUGUUCGGGGAUCCAGUAUUAUUCCUUCGAGUGAGUCAGUUGGAACUUCUGAGAAGCAUUCGCUCUAGAGACAUUCGAAUCUAACGAGCAGAUCAACUAACGAAAGCUCCAUGUUUUUCCAGGGGAUUUCGGCGAAGUGCAGAUUUUAGUUUUUUGGGGGUGAUAGGCGUCCAUAGGCACUUUUUGCCAAUUUUUUUAAAAUUAUAUUCAUUAUACUGAAAGGACUAAAACGGCUGAUUUAUAUACGUGGGCUUUAGGCCCACUUUUGUGAAAGAGGUUUAUGUUUAAGUCUGUUCAUUUCACGAUAGAGGCCAUAAUUUGAUCCAGAUUAUAUGUCUGUGAAACCUACAAUCCUUGCCUUGCACACUUUGACCGUAAGAAGAUUGGUAAGAAAACAGGAGAUGGUACUCGUGAUUAUUAAAGAAGGUUCAAGUGAGAAAUAUUCUGUCUACUUCAAGGUUCUGAAUAUAUGAGUGAGGCUUUUGCGAUAAUGACUAAAAUAUUGUUGCUUCUUUCGAAUAUGUUGUUCGCCUUAUGCUUUUAGAGUGUCCCUAUUCUACCUACAAAGACUACAUUGGUUACGCUAAGUCCUGCACGCCAUGUCCUGUCAACUCACGCCAUAGCAAGAUUGGAAGCACAAAAAGAAGUGACUGCCACUGCAUCCAGGGAUACGAGGGUGAUCCUGCUGGUUAUGUGGAAUGUAAAAGUAAGUAUAGAGCGUGGUGCUGUUUGCGGUCAAAGAGCCUUGUUUCUUAUAAAUCUGAUGGAAAAUGGAAAUUGAGCUGAGGCAUCAAUCUCAAUUGGCUAUUAUAUAUCUAGAUUAUUGCCACUAUUUCCUCUAUGUCAUCAUCAGGAUUAAGCCAUUCUAUCAUCAGUCAUUUGAAGUAUUUAAGCGAGGUUAGGUAUUUAUUUAUUUAUUUAUUUAUUUAUUUAUCGACUGUGCUCUUUAUUUAUGCCCUUAACUGCAAUGCCUUGCUUUACAAUGUACUUUCAUCAUUUUCAUGAGUGCGUAUUGCUAACAUUCACCUUGUCUGUUGUUCAUUUGCGCAGUUAAAAAGUGUGACAAACUUCCAGUUCCCUUGCACGGGAUGAUUAAGGGGGACAGUUGUAACCAGGACUACUUGUCCACCUGUGAGGUGAUUUGCAAAACAGGAUAUGAACUAAGCGGCGAUGGACGAAGGACCUGUGUCAUUUCUAAUUCUGGAGGAGUUAAAUGGAGUGGAACUGAUUUAAACUGCAAGCGUAAGUCAGCCAGCUGUUAAUUUGUCAACCAACAAAUGUUUCCCUUUUUAACUUUGUGCGGAAUACCUUCACUGUAAUCAUGUAAAAUACUUUCAUACAUUUACACCUUGGAAAAGAAAAUCCUCAGGAAAACAGAGAGGGACAAUUUCAAAACGCAACCCUUGUCCAUCAUGUGCGUGAGUUGAAUUCAAACUGCUAAUACAUGUGCUUUUCCAUGGAUAGUUUAGUUUUUUUCGCCUGGGGAUAUAACUUUCCUGCCUAAUCAGAAUUUCACCUAUGAAGCGUGGUGAACGAAAUUCAUAUCAAUUUGCUCGCUCUCUGGUAAAUGCGAACAAUAGGAAAAGUGGGCGAAGCUAGUUAGGGAAAAGGACAAAUCUUCCCUCAGCUCCUUUGGCCUCUUAGAUUUUCCCAAGGCGACUUUUCUCUUUUUGGCCGUUUCGCGAAGACUCUUAUUUCUCAACUUUUCAGGAAGAAUGAAAGAAAUUCUCUUUUUUUUCAACGGUGCAACAAAACAUGGAAAGCGAGACAGGACGAAAGUCCGCGAAAACGUCGACAGCCUGGUGGAGGCUUUUUUGCUUUCGAGUUAGGACAAUUAUUAUGACACUUUUCACUACUUUUUUGACAAUUAAGCUUACGAGUAAAUGCUUUCUCUAACUAAAAGGCAAAGAAAAGAAAUUUGACAUUUUUACCAGAUUUUGAUGACAGCUACCUAAAAAUCGCCUAGUUUGUGGCCGUUUUUAUUUCAAAUGACCUCAUUACAAGUGAAAGAUCUAACGCGGAGGGUGCAUCUUCACAAUACCACAAUACAUACCCUCAGAGGCAAAAUUUAAGGAGAGGAAUGAACUGAUGAUCGGGAAAGAAGUUACCCUGACGUUUUUCGUUGUCACUAUCUGAAACUGAGUGAGAAACGAAAAGGAUUACUUUUAUUUUGUCAAUCAAUUUUUGAUUGAAGGGAAAAGUUUUUCGCGCGCGAUUGUUCCAUAUGCAUCAUGUGACCAAAUAUGCCCCUGCUAAAACUUAGAGGUAACCAAAGUUAUGAUCCAUCAUAUGUUUUUUGCUCGUUAGCGAUUGGUUUAAACGCAGCACGUAAUCGUACGUCCCCCUGCUAAAAAUGGGUGAUACGCGAGAAAAUUGGGAAUUAUCACUUACUAAGUGGGGGUGGGGGUGGGGGUGGGGGUGGGGGUGGGGGAGUGAGGAUUACGCCCUCCCGAAGUCAUUGUUAUUUUGCCAUACCCAGUACGCCCACAAACGGAGUUCCUGACUGCUGCUGCUCCAGCUGUCAAUCAUUUGAGCGUGGCAUUUCGCUUUUGCUGGAGAAAAGAGAAAGAUGGCGAACUCUGAUCGUGAAGUUUCGAUUCCGCUCUCGACGAAGCACUCCAAAGUGUUUCAAAAUUUGGUAUGUCUCGCGCUUUAAAUGGGAACAAAAAGAAGCAAUUGCUACACUGGUUUCUGGAAGAGAUUUACUGGCCGUGUUGCCAACUGACUUUUGGAAAAGCCUGACAUUUCAGUUGUUGGUUCGUGUGUAAGAAAUAAUGACGGGGAAACCUUCGAGCGUAGUUGCCGUUUGUCCGCUUCUAUUUAUUGUUUAUGAUCAAAUGGAAUAAGCAUCUUAGAUCGGAUUAACGGUAGCUUAUGCUCACGGACUAACGGGUCGUAGAGUGCAGCAAAUAUCAAUUCGUAUUUGCGUCAGCAGAGCACGUUUUGGUGAAGCUGUUUUUUUCCUUGAUGAAAAACGGCCAUACCGUUUCAUCAGAGUAUACCGGUUUGCAUCAAACAAAUUGUGGCGGGUAAACCAUCGAGUGCAGUUGUUUGUUGCUUCAAAGUAUCGUUAACGAUCAAAUGGAAAAAAAAAGAAAAAUUGUCAAAUAGAUUAACGGCAGCUGUACUCGAGGAUUUAUUUGUGACCGCAGAGGUGGCUUUGUCAAAGCCAUUUCUCUUCUGACUGAAAAGAAAACUGCCUCAUCGUUUCACUCAUCGGCUGUACGUGUGUUUGCUUUUGUUGGAAGGAAGUGCUUCCGGUUUUUAAUUUAAUCCUUUAACUACCAAGAUCUGAUUGUUAAUUCUCCCCUCAAGCUACUACACAUUUGUGAUUAAAAUAGUUACAAGAAUUUGGCUUUAAAUCAAGAUUACAAUUUCUACCUGAUAAGUUUGAGUAUUCUCAUUACCUGUUUACUGGAUAUUUUAUGGAUAUUAUAGGGAGAGGUUCCAUGUUAGUCAAUUGUGGGAGUUAAAGGGUUGACUAAUUCUUAUUGGUUACCUGCCUAUUUCCGGAAAUGCAAUGAGGUGCAACUUAUCAGGGGGUGUAUAGCAUUUUAACUGUCUUUUUUUGCCCUUCCCUCCACCACCUAUCCCCACCAUCCACUCUAACUCCAAAUCAAACAUGGGCAGUCGGAUAAACAAUAACGUUAGCUCGCACUACUUAGACACCUGCACUGAGACUGCCCAUAAACAAUUAGUAAUUCUAACCUUGUCCCGCGUAUUUUUGCCACAGAGAUCGUGUGUCCAUUGAUCCAGGUGGCUAACGGAAGUCCUCCAAGCGGAACGUGCACGAAGAACGAUUUAUCAUAUCAGACAAAGUGCACGUUUAAGUGUGCCCCAGGCUAUAUUUUACAAGGAACUCCAGUGAGACAAUGUCAACAGGACAAGUCUUGGUCAGGUUCAGAUGUUGCGUGCGAACGUAAGUAGGGCAAACAGUGGUAAAAUCUUACCAUAAUUAUCGUUUAUCGGAUUUUUUAGUUGUUUAUUGUACAAAAAAAAAAACUCUGUGUUAGCAUGUAGAGUGGUAUGUUGCUCGCACCAAUCAGAUUACCGCAUGAGGGUAUGUAUCUCGCACCAAUUGUAUCACAGCAUUUGGAUAUCAUGCACCAAUCACAGCAUUUGGGUGUUGUUUUCUUGUAAACGAUGUCAUGGAAACAGGAGGCUGUGCACAAAGAAUGACAUUAACCAGAAAUUUGGGAUCAUUUAAUAAGUGUUAUAAUUGUGGCCUUUGCAAGAGCCUCUUCGAGUGAUGUCGAGAUGUACCGGGAUCUAAAAGGUUCGCAUCUAUUUUUAUUGUGUAAUUUUUAAGUUUAAACGUGUUUUUCCCGCUCCUUUUCUCACAACGCACACGCUAAACAUUCCAUCACGUACUAUGAAAACAAAAUCCAAAGUCUAAUCAGAACGGACCCAAUCAUUGCACUACAUGAACAUUAGGCAAUUUUUCACGCGCUUGAAUUGUGCCCGACCAAUCAAAUUCCAUUUUGCCACAUUAGAAAAAUGAAGGCUCCACUGCGUAAGAAUUAAAUAGAAAAAUUAAUGCUUUUUCAUGAUGUUUUUUUCACAGCGGUCAAGUGUCCGAAACUAAACUCAAUCUCUCUCAGUCAAGUAACUCCACCAGAAUGUGUCACCACCGAGCUGCAGUUUAAUUCAAGGUGUGUGUUCGAGUGUCCAAAGGGCUACUUAUUUGAAGGUACACCAGACCAGUCUACUUUACGGUUUUGUAAGACAGAUGGCACAUGGACUGGAGAACACAAGCCUUGUGUCGGUAGGUAAAUCAACCAAGAUUUAAAAUUAACAUUAUAUAAUCCUUCAACUCGCACUAACAUAGCUCCAUAAAUUUUCACCCUUACAAUUUUUUCUUGUUUUUUUAUAGCACUGUUUAUUGAUUAUUUCAUAUCUAAUAGACUCAGAACCGCCUUCCAUAACAUGUCCUGCGAACAUAAGAACCAACAACAGCCUUCACCAGGAUCACGCGGUGGUAACAUGGGUAAAGCCUACGUACAGUGACAACUCGAUAGGGAUUGAUCCGCUGGCGAAAGUGACUGUUAGUAGUAAUUUUAAGUCCGGAGAUAAGUUUCUUAUCGGCGAGUAUACCAUCCAGUACACAGUGACAGACAAAGUUGGACUGGCAGCUAAAUGCUCCUUUAAAGUGACAGUAGUAGGUCAGUGAUGUGUCCGUUCAGUUGUUACGCUUACAGCCUGUAUGGUCCUGGAGUAAGAGGGGUGAACUCUAUCAAUUGAAUGUUCACAUCUUAUUCUCUAGAUGUAUUUUUCCAUUUUCUGGCACUUUUUUCUGUUCUAAUGCAUAUGCUAUCCGUCAUCACCCAGUACCGAUUAUGGCUUCGUUUUUAAACACUUUUCUGUGAGGUCAUAGAUCUCAUUGUCCUAAACUUGAAUUUUUUUUUUUUUUUCCUCGGGGGAGGGGAUACAGGGAAACAUUUUGGAUUACCUUCUUUUAGGUCAAUUUAGUUCAGUAUCAAUCCACCCACCAGGAAUCUACUCAUAGAGUAAAUUUUCGUCCCAUUUCUAUACAAACCCCUUCCUAACAAGCUGGCUGUGAUUUUCUCAGAUAACGAACCACCCUAUUAUACGUCAUGUCCCGAAGAUAAGCUGAUUGAAACAACACAAGCGAACGUACGAGUCCCUUGGGUGAUUCCCCAAUUUCUUGACAACUCCAAUAAGACACCAAUCAUUGAACAUAACCGGAAUCCUGGAGAAAUUUUCUACAUUGGAGAGGUGUUUGUGAACUACAUAGCAAGAGACCAAUCUGGUAAUGUCAAUGACAGUUGUGCCUUCAAGAUCCACGUCAAAGGUAAUAUAGUGGUAAUAUAGUUAGAACUUUGUUCCUCAAAACUAAGAGGUUUUUUUUGCCGUUAGAGGCUUAACUGUGAUAUCCUUGGAUCCACACGUACCACUUCGAAUAUUAAUGUAGAAACACUAUCCAUCACAUAAUUAAAGUUCUUCAUAAUUAAUCCUGCUCUUUUUGUCUGAGCUAGAAACGCAUUAAUUUUCGUCUUGGUAAAUCAAGCCUGGAUACCUUAUUAACAUUUCUCGGAGUUAACUUAAGAAAUUUUUCCUUAACUACAAAGGAACUCUACGUUAAACCUCAGCACUUUACCUUUGAACAUUUUUACGUUAUUUCUAUGAUAAAUGAAAGGGUUGAAAAUGGAAUAUUGUGGUAGCUUAGCUUGCUGAAGAGAGAACUUUGCACGUUGCAAAUAGUUCUUUUGCUUUUCGGUGCAUCCAUGUGGUUGCGCGUAAAAGUAACAUGAGGGAAACUAAUUUUUAGAUAUUAAGUCAAGAUUAAAGGGGAUACAGUUUGAAAAUGAAUUUAUCGGAUAUUGUAGUUCAAGUAUUUUGGUUCGUUUACGUAUGGCUACUGGGAUGAUUUAGAAACUGCGUGUAAGGAGUCAUAAACAUACUUCAAACUGAAGAAUUUCGGAUCAUUAUCUGUCAUCGGAGGGGGUGAGUUUGAUGUAAUCAUCAGUCGAUAACAUAAAGACUCAAAAAACAGACGUAUGUUUCCUCAUUUGCGUUUUACCUUUGAAUUGUUGUAUCAUCGAUCUAAUUUAAGUUCUGUUUUUCCUUGUCCUGAAAAUUUGAACUGCAUGACAUGAACCGACUUACAUUUUAAUCCUGAAAGGUAAGCUUUAAGAUAGAAGGCUUCGCGCUGAAGAUCUCAGAGAAAAAAAGUAUAAACAGAAAGUCCAUUGACAAAUUCCUGCGAUAUGGAUUUUAAUGCUUUUCCAUAAGGCAUCAGUAGAGAACACUUUUCUAAAUCACGAAAUAUGAAUGUGUUCACUUGCAGCCAAAUCUUGUGAGAUGUACCCCGCCCCAAUCAAUGGAGCCUUAGCUUGUAACGCGUUUGGUGUGAGUAAUCGAUACUGUCAGGUCAGCUGUAACCGGCAGUUUGACUUCGCGUUUCCCCCCGCCCUCACAUACCUUUGCGGUAACGGAAUAUGGUCAGCAAUACCACCUUCUCCUCUGCCAUGGCCUGACUGCUCCGGUGAGUAAAACAUCAAGAAUUAAGAACCGACAUUAGAAAGAUCUAGCGACCUUUUCUUUGAUUGAAUGACUUUUUUGAAAAAGAAUCGAAAUUCCUUCUCCAACAUGCUUUCGCCUUGCUUACUUAGCUUCUUUUGUUUAGUAUUUUAUCGUUGUUUUUGUUGCCCUUUUUUUUACACUGUUGUUUGACUUAUUGGAAAAAGGGAAAGCGAUUAAAUUUGGGCGUUAUCCACCCCCCCCCCCCACCUUGAACUGUUGGAAUUUUACAUGGACACCGAGGUGACGAAAUUUAAAAAUGUUUUCCAGUUCGUUAUGAACCUGGCAAGGCUCGCAUGGCUCUUAUACCACAGUUCUUCUACUUCGCUGGUGACUGCAGCAGCAAAGAAGCACAAGAUCAAAUCAAAUUAAAUUUUGUCAGUUUGCUGAACCAACAGUUUAUCCCCUCAGCGUUAUGCAGAGAUCAUGCAGAUUGUAACGUUGGUAAUGUAAACGUAUUCUGUGGGGCUACCAGCUCGGCUAGACGUCGCCGAAGAAAGUCUGCUAAUGAUGUUUACGUCAAAGUUGACAUUGUAGCGCAAGAAAAACAGAGUGGAGCCUCAAAAACUGUAACACAACUUGAACAAAUAUUGGAUAACGACGCAAAGCCACUAUUGGAUCAACAGGCAAAGUCCCUCGACUGGAGUCCUCUUCGUUCUUCGAGCGAUCUUGAAUAUCAGACAUACUCUAUUACUAAUGCUGAGGCAUAUUGUUCAGACACUGGGGCUGUUGUAGGAAGAUGUGAUACACUUGAAACUGGCUGUGAUGGGCUCGCCAAACCACACAGUAUGUGCCAAUGCAACAAAGAUACGGGAGCAAUUGAACGGUGUAGUAAGUGAUAAAGUCAGUUUGUUUACAUUUUCUUUUUUUAUUCUAUAUAAUUUUCUUUCGUGAAUUUCUUGUUUUGCCCUACUUACAGUGUUUUAUGGCGUGAUUGUCAUUUAUUCCCUCUCCAAGUUUUGUAUUUAAGAAUUCCAAUAUAACACGAGUUCUAAAAGAAACCAUAGAAGCCAGCGAAACCUCAUUGUUUGAACCCUACCUAUUUACUUACAACAUGUUUCUGAGGGAGUUCCAACCGUAAAGAGAAAACUUUAACCAAAUUUCAAAAUAAUAGCACAUACUUUCGUUGUAGUAACAUCUUGCAAUACGGGUUCGUAAGAAUGUAACAUAAUAGUGUUAUUUUUCCACUAUCUUUAGUUCGCUGUCCGAAAGGGACAUACUAUGACCUAGUACAUGAGAAGUGUACCAGGUGUUCACCAGGGACCUACCAAAAUCAAGAGGGAAGAUUUGAGUGUUCUGAGUGCCCAGAAGGAACCUACACUUUAGGCGAGGAUUCAAAGAACUUUACUGCAUGUAGAGGUAUUGAUGAACAUAGAAAUAAAAAUCCACUUAUGAGAAUGAUGAUGGUGAAUGUGAUAAUAAUGAUAAUUAUUAUUAUUAUGUUCGACUUGGAACGUCGUUUAAUCAUUGGUCCACUUUGUUGAUGACCGGUCGUUAUGUUUCUACUGGUUGUGAAAUCUAUCCUUUGUAGUUUUUGAUGCGUAGAGGGAUUGACAUGAGCGCUCUAUCGGCGUCUCUGAAGCGAUUUCACGUCAGAGAAAUUUUACUUUCAACGGGUCCGUGGUUGUGUUAGAAAGAUUUCCAUAGAUAUCGUUAGACUACGUUAGUAGGAUCAACUUUGUCGGGAGGUAGAGUCAUGAUAGAUUCGUCUUUAAGAGCUCUUGUCUUUAAUUUGUCUGAUGUGCAAUGGGUUCUUCGCUAUCAGUGACCAAUUCAGUUGUAUCUCUGCAAUACGAAUGUCGCUAUGACUUCAAAGCGGCCCUCUCUCUUAAAUGAUAAAACAAAUGUCUGUAUAACAUGAACAGUUUUCUUAAAGUUGCGUUGUUGCCAUUUUUUGGUGGUAUUGAAUAGUUUUUUUUCCAGUUAGCAUCAUCAGCUUACUUGCCAAGAGGGAAACUGUCAUCCCUCCGGUAGUAGAUUUUUUUUCCUUUACUCGCUUCUACACAGUCAAAUCCAAGCCUCAGUAACUGGAAUAACGCUAGUUCGGCAACUCUGAGAGCGCCUUCGCUUGGAAUCUGGAAGUUUCAUUCUUCAUUUACUUUUUCGGAAAUGUUUAGAUGGUUCUUAGCGUCUGGGCGUGUAACGCUUGUGCCGUCAAAUCAACCUCCGGGCUUUGCCUCCAUUCUUUUGCCAAUCAUUUUUAUGAUUUAUGAUCUCUUUUGAAUUUAGUUUUGUUGUAAUCAAUUCGGUGAACUAUUUACAAUUAUGAAUCCUGAAGAAUUCUCUUUCCAGUUUUAUCAAUUUUUCACUUGGUUUUCUAACAGAAAAAUGUAAACCAGGCUAUUUUUCACCUUCUGGACUGGCCAAGUGUUUUCCCUGCCCAAGUGGUACUUACGCUUCCGGUUUCAUGAACACGAUUUGUACUUCCUGUCCUGCGGGUACGACCACUAUACUUCCCGCAGCGGGUGGAAGAGAAGAAUGUGGAAGUAAGUCUUAAUUCCAAAGUCUGGAGAAGAAAUUCGGAAGGGCUUAAAACAAGCCCAAUUGUACUUAACGUUUCGUUGACCUUUAAGUAAGAUGAUUAAUAAACAGUUAAACUUUAUCUUUAGAUUUUUAUAAUAUUACUGGUAUCUCAUUAUUCUUCACCGUUUGCUUUAUGCAUAUAUAUUCUAGAAAAUGGAUCAGCUGUUUGUCUAACGUAAUACAACUUGUUCUUUUUUUAAUUUGCUUCGUAGUCAAGGUCGGUUAUCUGAUUGUUUGACAUUUUUUUGUCAGUGAAAUGUGCACCUGGUACUUAUUCAACUAAUGGGGUCGAACCUUGUUCUCCAUGUGGUAAGGGUUCCUAUCAGACUACAAUAGGAGCCUUAUCGUGUACAGAGUGUACAGAUGGAAAGUCAACUUAUGGACCUGGGGCUGACUCUGCAGACAUGUGUGUUGGUAAGACAGAGACAUUGCAUUCCAAAAAUAAAAAUAUACGUGUUCAUUAUCCCAUACUGUACAUCAUAAAACUCAUGUUAUAGUACUUUACAAAUGUACCGUGAUAUGAAAAGAACUAAUAUUUUGCUUAUAAUACAUGUUGUCAGAGAUAAUUACUGAGUGUAAAAUGAUGCUGAUUUACGAUACAUAACUAACACGAAACAGUUAACAACUGGUCUCGACAGAAAAAGCUCAUUUUCUUUCCCGAGAAUCGAUGCUGUCCAAGAUGUAGCCAAAGGAAACUUUGAGAUUUGAGCAAAAUAAUUUUGCCUGUUUCCCGAAGGGCAGUCGUUCAGUAUUUAAUAAGAAAUUAGAAGAUGUAAUACGAAAAAAAUACAAUUUGUAUUUAAAUUACAUAUAAGCGUUUGAGAGUGCAAAAUAAUACGAUGCUAAGAAUGUCGCGACACUGUCAACUCGCUCUGUUCGUCUGAGACGGCGGUCAUCGCUUGGGUAAUGGUGCACUGUUACCCUCUGACGUCAUAGAGUUUGCAAUGUGGCUCAAUUAUAAACUUAUAGCCGGAAACAGUUUCAUCUUUUGAUGUCAUGUGACCCCAGAGUAACUAACGAGAGGGCGCGCUGUCGAAGGAUAGAAAAAAUUGUUUCAAAGAACGUGUAGUUGUGACUGUGCUAUGCAACGAAAGAGAUAAAAAUCCCUGUCACACAGACCACCGCCUCACGACCUCGUUGUCUCUUGACAGCUAUUGACGACUGUUCCUCGAACCCAUGUAAUAAUGGAGGCACCUGCUUUGAUUUAAAAGACGACACAAUGUGUAAAUGUCAGCCAGGUUAUUCUGGGAAGUUCUGUCAAGUCGAAGAUGACGAAUGCUUGUCUGAUCCCUGCUAUGAAGGUGCGACAUGUGUUGACAAGGUAAUGUAUGGACAAGUAACAAACAAAUAAAAAAAUUGAAACUUUUGAAGCAACCCCUAUCCCGGCACCUUUUUGACAGUUACUAAUGCAGCAUUCAUGCAAUCCGGACUUAGACUGAAGUUUACAAAAUACUCUUAAUGUAUGGUCUCGGGAAAAAAAAAUAACCAGUGUCCCGAGGGACGAGGGACCAUACAUUAAGUGCUUUGUUAUAUAUUUAGACUUUCCCUUAAACAAUCAUAUGGCAAAAACAUGAUGUUGUUUCCGGCGCGCGGACAACAACUGCGCAAUUGUAUCUCGGUCGGAAUACAUUUGAAUUUGAUCAGGGGCACGUGACCAAGAAUCAACCAAUCACAAUGCUCGUUUUGUUGAGGAAAAGUCUAGUAUAUAACAAUUGUGAUUAAUUAAAAUAUAUUGAAGUUCACAUGGCAACCAUGUGGACAAUCAGACAUGGUUUGAAGCUACUCUGAUUUAAAAAUUUAAUUAACGCAACCGAGAAGUUAGUAUUCAGAGACCCAACGUUUCAACACUCCUGUCUAGUGUUUCAUCAGGAGUGUUCUAGACGCUGCAACAAGAGGUCCUUUUAUACUCUAAUUAGCGAGCGUAUAAUAUUAAAUCUCUAAACCAUAGUAGCAUCAAACCAUGUCUGUAAUUAAUUACUUGUUGUUCUUAGCAGUUUUUUAUUCACUACAAGAAACCAUGAAACAUUCCAUGAAAUAAUUAUCAAUACACGUGCAUGAUGAUUGUCUGAUUUACCUAGAGAGGUUGACGAAGAUUUUUAGAGACUGACACCUAAACCAAUUCUCGCACCUUAAAUCUAAAUUCUAUUUCAGGUCAAUGGAUACGAGUGCGUUUGCGCUACAGGAUUCAGAGGGCAACGGUGCGAUGUACCCUCACAUGAAUGUGGCCCCAACAUUUGUCAGAAUGGCGCCACAUGUAACGUUCAGCCACCAGAUUUUCUGUGUGAAUGUUUGCAGGGCUACGGCGGAAAAUUUUGCGAGAUGAAGAUUGAUCAGUGUGCUUCCUCUCCUUGCAAUAACAAAGCCAUGUGUGAAAGUCUAGCCGAGGGAUAUAUGUGUUCAUGCAGGCCUGGGUACGAGGGAGCUCAGUGUGAAGUUAACACUGAUGAAUGUGCAAACAAUCCAUGUCAGAACUAUGGGACAUGUACGGACAAAAUCAACGGUUACGCCUGUAUAUGUAAAGCCGGUUUUACAGGGGUGCACUGUGAGACGGAAAUUAAUGAAUGCCUCUCAGAACCAUGUCAGAAUGGUGGUCAAUGUGUUGACAAAAAAAAUGGGUUUGAUUGUAUUUGCAAGCCUACGUACUCAGGGGAAACCUGCAGCGAAAGUAAGACUUUGAUUUUGUCUCGAGAAAUUACCAUUUCUGGUUACAUCUACUCAUACAGAUUACUGUAACGUACUUCCCGUUUAGGGGAUAAUCGUUUAACAAUUUUAUCAUGACGGUGUAUUGUCUCUUCGGCAGAGUUGUGUUUUGCCUACGACCUGUCAUUUCCUCUUCGGGUGGCAACCACAUCCAGCAGUGUAACCAACAUUCCUGAUUUACGAGCCUUUACUAUCGCCUUUUGGCUCCGCACGGAUGACACAGAAAAUCCUGGGACACCGCUGUCCUACUCGAACAUUGUAGCAGGCAAGCUUCAAGACAAUGCCCUUGUUAUCCAGGAUUAUGGUGCUUUUGAUCUCUACAUUAAUAAUAAAAAGCUUUUCAUUGGAACGUCAGCUAACGAUGGUAAGUGGAACCACGUCGCUAUCACAUGGGACAACAAUGGAGGCAAGUGGUUCUUUUACAAGAAUGGACAACAAGUGAAGAAGUAACUUUUUUCAUUCUCUCUUUCAAUUAAAAUUUAAAACGGCCUUACUUUAACUCACAACUACGGGGUUUAUAAUAUCCGUCGGGUAUGUUGAAUCUGAGUAUAGUUCAUGAAAUGCUUGAUGGUUUCUUUAGAAUUCUAUGAAACUUUUUUCUUCUGCGGGUAAACCCAGUCUAAGGGUUGUAUCCUUGAUAAACGUAGAACCACUUGAAGAAAAUAAAACUAAUAGAAACUAACGAUCAUGAAUCACUUGUAGAUACACAGAGCCCUUUCAAUCGGGAGCUGUGAUCAAGGGUGGUGGUGUUAUGGUGCUAGGUCAGGAGCAGGAUUCGCUAGGGGGCUCCUUCAGCCCUGAGGAGGCCUUCACCGGAGAUCUCAGCCAAUUAAAUGUUUGGGACAAAGUCCUUACGCCCAAGGACAUCUACAACUUGGUGCGAAGUUGUGGUGUGGAGGAAGGGAAUGUAAAGGCCUGGGCAGACUUUCGCAAGGGACUACAAGGAGCUUACGUUCUAACAUCCACGCCUUACGCUUGCAAGUGUGAGUUUACGUAUUUUUUGCUCUAAAGCACAGGGUUUGUAUGCCAAAUAAAUGAUGAGGUUGAUUUUACAUCGUCAUUUCGGUACAAUAAUAACUUGCUACGUUAUGAGAUGUCAUGCUUUUCGAGUCGCUAAUUUACAGGAAUUGCUACCGGUACUUCUUAGGUCCAGCAAUAGGGUGAUUGAGUAAAUAGAAAGGGAUGUAAAAAGAUAACUACCAAAUGUAGAAAUCUGUUUAAAUCUAGAAUAAAUUGAACCUCUGUAAAAAAGAGAUUUCUUAAACUAUAAUUGCCAUCAUCAAUUUUUCAGUUACUAAUCCUCUAAGAGACUUUCCUGCAAAACGGGACAUACGCCUGUCCAACAAAGUUGACAAAGUAUUGGGAGGAAAAACCGUCGAGGAGUGCGCAGAUGCCUGUAUGAAAGAGAGCUUGUUUCCCUGUAGAUCGUUUGAUUAUGACAAGACUGGAAGAACUUGCCACCUCAGUAGGGCUUCCUCUGAUGACGCUUCCUUAAUUCCAGGGAAAGGCUUUGACCAUUAUCAAACUAGUGAGUAAUUCAAUUCAUAUAUUUCUAGACAAUAGGAUAACAACAAAUGUAAUGGGCCUCUAUGCUUGAGGGACGUUAAGGGGAAUAUUGGCCCGAGGUCGUGGCAGUACGGACCGAGAGCAACAUGGUUCGUACAAAAACGACCGAGGCCAAUAUUCCUCUGUACAGCUCGAGUAAGAAAGAUUAGAAAGUAUCUUAUCAUACGUUACUCGGGCCAAACUUGGUUGUUCACACAGCAAAUUACCAUUUCCUUGAAUACAGUCCGUAUGGCAAAAUAAGCACCAAGUAAGAGACAAUGGUCGAUGGUGACAAACUUCCUACAUACUGCGAGGAUAGGAAUGUCGAUAAGUGAUGCUUAUGAAAAAUGAUGAUGUAAAUGAAGUUGCAAGGUUUAAAGGCUGAUGAGUUAGGGAAGGAAGAUGUUAUUCAGAAAAUAACACAGGCAUAUUCGGACAAAUAGAAAACUGCAAGUGCUCCCCGUGGGAUUCAAACCUACGACCUUUUGAUAAGUACUUCGACUGCUCUACUGAUCAGUACUUCGACUAAGCAAUAGGAGACUCGUGGUAAUUUGCGCUGUUGAACUAGUUUCACGUUUUAAAACUCCCUGGACAUUGCGAAAAUAGGAAUUUCGAUAUAUAAUGCUGCGAAAUGAUUAAACGGUGAUUUAAGUGAAGGAAAUGUUACUCCAUAAAUGGCAUACUAGGAGAAAAAAUGCGAGUGCUCUUAUUAGGAUUCGAACCUACGACAGUUCUGAUUAAUACUUCGGAUGCUCUAUCACUGAGCUAGAUGGGACUCUUUACAAGCUAGGCCAAGAGCGAACUUUUUUAUAGUAAAUAAUAAACUAUAAACUUCAGAUGUGGUCCUCCAACAUACUUUUACAUACAUUACAUACUCUACAGUAGCUUAGGGGAUGUUUUCACGUUCGAUUCACUAAGAGGAAAGUUCGAUUUCUCCAUAAGGUUGCACUGAGACUCUUGGUGUACAAAGCAAAGCCAUUCCAGAUUCAGCAAUGACAGCUUCGUCAUCACUUGCUUUAAACAGUCAGCCAAAAGUUGCGCGCCUGUUUGCUCCGCAUGCCAGCGGUCUACAAGGUGUUGUGGAUAGCAGAGGUGGUUGGAGUCCGCAAACAUCUGACCAACAGCAGUAUUUACAAGUAUAAUACGCUUUAAUCUUCUUACGCUUGUUUUCUGAAAUAUCCCAAAACUUGGAGUGUGUUCGAGUCUCAGCGUUGUCAUUUAUAACAGUAAAACAGAGAAAAGCCAUCGCUGUAUGAAAACGUCAAUCACUGCUUACAUGGUUGGAAUAUAGAUGUCAACGGUUUGCUUGAUUUUUGCCCUCAUUGCAGAUUGACUUAGGAGAUACAUACAAAGUUACAGCCGUGGCCAUUCAGGGCGGGGAUGGCUUAUCAGAAUGGGUAACGUCAUACAAGCUGCAAUACACCACGGACGGCAGUGCGUGGCAAUAUUAUGGACAGGCGAGUGGUCGGUUUCGUAUGUAUUUAAGCAGCUGUGAAAGUUUAUGAUAGUACUCACUUCUACUCCAUAAUAUCAUUUCGGUGGAACCCCGAGUUACAGCCACCUCGGCAAUACGUUCGUUAACUCGUGAACUCGUAAUAGGGCCACUUUUUAUGACAUGGCAAAUCGGCCAUUACAGCUAUACAUUAUUAUGUAUGAAACCCUCGUCAUUGCAGUCACAGUUAAUACGGCCAACGACCACUUUUGAAAAUUCCAAAGAGUAGACUCCCUCAAAAUUUCACUCUGUUUCUCAGAAUGUUUUCUUCUCAGUUCAAAUUCUGAAGGUCUUCUGUCCGGCUGUUGUCGUUCUCAGUUUUUAUAAUUUGAAACUCUCCCGUUCCUUUGCGUGCAAGACCUCUCACAGUUGAAAUUCGUACCUUUCGUGACAUCCGUUUCUCUAGUCUUGUGAAUUAAGACGAUAGUUUUAUCCUAAUGCAGCACUAUUUCCUAUAGACCUUGCCAGGAAAUACAGAUUCCAGUUCUGUGGUGAAACAAGAGUUACAACCUUUCGCAGCCAGAAUGACCCGAUUUAGACCUCAGUCGUGGAAUGGAAAGAUAACUAUGAGAGUAGAACUCUAUGGCUGUCUUGCAGGUAGUUAUUCUAACGAUAUCAUUGAAUGUUAUUCGUAAUACUGGUAACGAUAGUAGCAAUAACUAUCGAUAAAUAAAUUUAGAAUAAUGAAAAACAAGGAUCUUAAUCAGAUUACACGUCUCUCAUAAAACUCCAUAAUUUUUACAUAAAAAAUUAUGUUUUUUUCCAUUAUAUUCAACUAUAUUUUUUCUUGCAGAUCUAGUUCCUCCACCACCCUCCAUAGGUAUUUCCAAAUGUCUCUAUAUGAUAAUUUAACUGGUAGUGAAGGUGAAAAACCAUUAAACAAAUAAGAUCUACAUAGAUUUCCCUCAUCGGAAAUUCAUUAGAGCGCGAGAAUUAUGAAUGUUCUUCUAAAAGACUGUUGUUCAAAAAGGAAAAAAUAUUUAAAACUACAGAAAAUCGUUCAAGCCAUUUUUUUAUAUCGAGGUAAUAAUUAAUCUUUUGAUUUACUAUUCUUCUCUUGCAACCCUUUUUAUCUCAAGGUAUCUCAGCACGAAAGCGAAGGCGCAGGUCUGCCUCAGGUACUAUUUUUAAUGGUUUAUUUUUGUCAUUGAUAUUCUUCCCCCCCAAAACCUCAAGAAAAUAACUUUGUGAAAGAGGAGACAUAACGGUGCUCCUGACCACUAAUAAAUCCAUUUACCGGUAUUUGGUAAUUGAUCCGUUAAACUGGUUAUUUCAUUUAGAAGGUUCAUUACAAGUUGUGUUCCUUUACUCCUAUUGUCCUAGUUUUACAUAAACAUUGGACACGUAGAUUGUUUAAUUGUUUGACCCGGUUCAAAGUAAGGGAGAAGCCUUUCGAACGAUUAACUUCAUGUAGAUGUACUUAACCGAACCGUUCUAAUCAGCCGAAGUUGAUACUAUCUGGCAUUCGUUUUAAUUUGGUGGUUGACGCAUUCAAUGUUUUUAUUUUUAAUUUGGAUGCAGCAGAAGUAAACGAAUGCGGUAAUAAUCCGUGUAAAAAUGGCGGUAAGUGCCACGACCUUUACUAUGGAUUCAAAUGCAAAUGUCGCCGGGGAUACGAAGGAAGCACAUGCGAACAAGGUACGUCUAUCAUCAAUGAAAUGACAAGCAGUCAUUCUUCCUACAGAAAUACUCUGGUUAAACAAGUAAUUCUCGCAAUUGUAUUUUGUCAAUUAACCUAGUGAAAAACAAUUUUAUUCGCGAGGUGCUUUUGAAUGGAAUGCGAAUUCAACCGACACAAACGUUUCAACAAUUUGUCUUUGUAGCGUUCUAGUGGUCAUAAUCCCUUGACAACACUUUCGGUAUAAAACCUUUUUUUCUCCAGAUAAGAAUUUAUCGUUAGCUUUUACUGAAACACUAAAUCAAUUAUUUAUUAAAACUUGAUUAUGCCAGGCCAAAUUUUUUUCAACCGGUGCGAAAUUUCUUUCUCUUUUCAAUGUUUUCUUGUUUAGCCUCCUCGUGUGGUGAAUUAGGAGUUCCCUUGAACGGUAAAAAGUCUUCAUCAAACCACAAUCAUGGCAGUACUGUAACAUUUUCCUGUAACGCUGGUUUUUAUCUCUACGGCUCAAAAUCCAGGACAUGCAGCCAUGGGCUUUGGAGUGGGAGAAGAACCGAAUGUAAAGGUAUAUGGCAAGUGCUAUAGGCAUCUAAUAAUAUAGUAAUAUUCAUGAGUUAGUAAAGCUUUGUUUCAUUUCAUUCCAUUGGCCUCACUAAUUCAAAAUGAAUUCCGAGAACAACGUAGUUAAGAUCUCUUCAAGUCGAAGAGACAAUGUAUACUUUUCAUUUAAUACCAGAGUAAAGGAUAUGUGUUGAAUUCUUUGUGAUCUCUGGUUCCUUUUGUAGACGUAGAUGAAUGCAGCAACGGUCAUUGUAGCCAGCUAUGCGUUAACACCCUUGGUAGUUUCACUUGUUCUUGUAACCAAGGAUACACGUUAAACAUUGAUGGAACCACAUGUGAAGGUAAAUAAGUAUCCAAAGGUUCUCCAAUUACUGCCAAUUUGGACUUAAACGGGAGAUUUUUGGCUAUUGGCACCAACGGCCGCCUACGUGGUUUUUCCCGAGUGGAGUCUAAUAGCUCUUUUUCCAAACAAAGUUCAACGAACAGCCAAAAACAGGUUUUUAAAAUAACAGAUAAUAGUCUAUAACUAUUAGUUUUAAAUAUGAACUCGAAUAUCAUUUUUUAUUCUUUUUGUCCUAGACAUCAACGAGUGUUCCUUCGGAGUGUGUAGCCACAGCUGUCAUAACUCACCAGGAGCAUUCCGUUGCUCGUGUCCGUCUGGAAUGGAACUCGCCCCUGGAGGAAGAUCCUGCCGAGGUCAGUUGACUUCAUUAUUUCGGGGCCUUUCCUAGUCUUAUUUCACCGGUGAUAAUCAUCAACCAAUAAUCCGAUAUGAUUUGAAAACUGUGAUCAGCCCUUUUGCUCCUCUCGAAGUAAUACACAUGAGCGACGCAAACAUACCUACGGCUGGAACAACAUAAAUCAAAUCAAGCCCAUGCUCAAGCAUAAAAAGAGCACAAAUGAUCAGAAAGUAAAACAUUUUAUUUAUGAGUUAAUGAGUUAAAGGGCUAAUAAGUUCCAGACAGACACCAAAUGACUUAUCUGACUACGUAAGUGAGCAAAUGUGACUCACGAAGGUUCUUUAAUAUGCGAAGUGACAGUAAUUUUAAUUCUAAUGUAACUUGCCAGCUACUGUUAAUGCAAAUCUUUAAUUAAAGAUAAAGUUUUCUUGUGAUUUGGUGUUGGCCUGUGUAUCUGUAUUACCCUCUAAAGCAGAAGCCAAAGACUCAGAUGAUGAUCUUUUGAGAAGAAACGACACUUUUUCCACCAUAUUGGAACACGAAUGUUUUUCAAAUGCCCGCGUAUCGCGAUGUUCCAGCAUUUGCGUUUGCGUUGCUCCUGUGAAGCGGUCGGAACUUAUGUUUGCUUUGUAUUGAGGUCUAUUGGAAUUCGGUUUGCAGAUAAAGAUGAAUGUGCUUUCAACAACGGUGGCUGUGAACAUAUUUGUGUGAACAGUUACUUGAGCCAUAGUUGUCACUGUCGUGGAGGAUAUACAAUUGCAAGCGACAACCGGAACUGUAAUGGUAACUUUUAGAUAAGAAGUUGAAGUCCACGAGAUAUGCAUAAAAAGUGUAGUUUUUGUCCUUUUUGUUCCUCUUUUGCAACAAGAAGUUCUUUGCAUGAGUUGAUAUCGUGUGCACGUAACUUUAGCUUAGCACGUACCUUUCUAUAUGCAUGAUUGGUCAACCGUCCUAGAAAACUGACGUUUCGAGCGUUAGUCCUUCGUCAGAGAGAUUGAAGGAAUCGUGGGUUGUGUGUGGAAUUAUAUGCAGAAAAUGGAGCUACGCUAUUGGUGGGAAUAUGGUGACGAGAAGACAAGAAUACCGUGAGGAUUAAGAGUGCCGAUUUGGAAGAUAAUUUUUUUUCUAGAGUUUUGCGGCUUUCCGACUUGCCUAGAUGUAGGGAGAGACCGCAAACUGCCAUAUGCUGCUUAGAACGAUUAGGAAGAUUAAGGUGCCUAGCGACUGGUUUGGAUACGUCCUUGGCUUUUCUUUCUACGUAGCGAACAGGAGUCUUCCUGUUUCACCAGUGAAUGACUUUUUGCAAUAAGUAAAAGUUAUGCAAUAGAUGAUCACUUGCACCUCCGCCAAUGUCAUUUAUUGCAUAACCGAUGCAGCACCAUAGUUUCUUUAGAAAGAAGUUCGUUUUAUUACUUCCUGUGCUCUUUCCUUACGUGACAUGAAGUAGGCAUAAUCUGCCCCUUUUCCGUGGACUUGAGCGCAAAAUAGUCUAGGAGCGUUUUAGGAUCAUCAUCGUUACUAUCGUUUGUUUGUUUCUACGUAGAAAACCGAUGUCCGUCUAUUGCUGCUCUAUCCAAUGGCGCCAUUACUAUUACUGGUGACCCAAUACUGGGUAAUAUCGCCACUUUCUCGUGCAAUGCAGGAUAUCAAUUGUUAGGGUCUCAAAAGCGAGUUUGUUCCGCGAAUGGCAAGUGGUCCGGAGUUCAGCCGCGCUGUAACGGUAAGAAAAAGUCUUAAAACGGAGUUUUCAUUUCAGCUAAAAAUUCUGCUUUAUAUUAUGAUACCUACAUAACACAGUAACAUAGAUCUGACGUCUGCCCUUUCUUCCUUUACAUUUCGAAGGUUAAGUGGAGCCGAAAUCACGCGUAAUUGUGCUUAUCAUUUAUUUAAAAACAUCCACACGCCUACGUUACUAAACAUGAGUACGGAAAUACAUAUUAGCGAACGAAACCUUACAAAUGAAGAAAAUAACAUAAUAAAGAAAAUAUUUACCUUGACGGUGCAAAGCUUUACAGGAACUGAAGGACGACGCUGCUUCUUAAAAAGUGGACAUAAACAUCGAUCCAAUGGACUUAACUUAUACAGAAAACCCUCAAAAUUACUCGACAUUAUUACGCAACAUUACGUAAUGAUGUAAACAUCAACCACGAUUACAAAAUACAACAAAUGAAACGUACAAACACUCACUGGUAAUUAACGUGUAAACGCAAUGUACACAGGAAACGGAAUGACAAUAAGUUUCGCGAUAACAUUAACUAUUCAGUAGGUUACUGGAUUACUUACCUCAUCUCCUAAAAUAAAGUACUUCACGUUCGUAGCCGGGAGAUGCGUAGAUGUAGGGACAGUCAAGUACGGUGCUCGUCAGGGUAGUGACUUCAGUUACGGAAAGAGCGUAAGCUUCACGUGCAGUAGUGGAUAUGCUUUGGUGGGUAGCAACCAGCGCCUUUGUCAACAGGGUGGACUUUGGAGCGGAGAGCAGCCGAGAUGUGUUCGUAAGUGUAUACAUGCUUUAAUUUGUUUCGGGACGUGAUAACUGGUGUAAAUACUUCAGUUACGUUUCUUCCAAAAAUUCCAACAAAUUUUAACGUAAUAUGUAAUUGAUCUACCAACGCCGCGUUAAAGACCUUCGAUUGGGUCGAGAACCUUGCUCUCGUCUUCAAAUUAUUCGUGUAUCUGUUAAUCUUUAAUUGUUUGUGUGCGCUGUAUUUGAUAUUUUUUUCGGUUAUCAGGAGCUGACUGUCCCCAACUGUCUGCUCCAGUCCAUGGUCAUAUACAAGGAUACCGCCGAGAAACGGGCAGCACUGUCCGCGUGUCAUGCAAUAUAGGAUACGAAGUCAAUCCAGAUAGUUCGUCGUUUAGAACUUGCCAGGGAGACGAGCAGUGGUCCGGGGCAGACCCCAUCUGUCAAAGUGAGCGCUUUAACGCAGAUACUAUUAGUAAAUGGUCCGUGUAAGAUGUAGGCAUAAAAACAUAGGCCGAAUCCAAAAACGGCGGUUAAACAUCGAGGUGUUAAUCCCUCAAAAUUAAAUCAAAAUCCUUGAGGCUUCUUGGCUUUUUAUCGAUAACGCGCGAAAUUCAAACUUAGCUUGGAUGUAAAAACGUAGAAACGCAUUUUUCAUGGCUUUGUCGGUAUCAACCUGUUGGCAAUGUUAAAACUACAUGACACCCGAAGGAAAAAAUCUUAACAAAUGGGGAAAGCUGUUUUUUCAUAUCACAGUUCCACAACAGUGGGAAACAGUGAACAUCGAGGGCGGCAGCAUUGGAAGCGAAAAUUUUCUUCCAAUAAGAAUCUUCUCAAAUUUCAAUCCACCGAAAUAUGUCUUUCUUCCUCCUCGAAACUCGAGGAAACUCGAUCUUAAUUUCAAUGAACAGCUCGUGUUGUACACCUGGCUCAUCACACACUUUCAUUUUACAGUAUAUUUAAGAGGAAACAAAUUCUCAGAAGACAGUAGAAGACAGUGGGGUGCUAAAACUGAAAUCCAAAACAUGCAGAACUUAAAAUCAAAUGUUUUCCGUCUUUAUGCUUGACAGUCAUAGAUUGUGGAGAUCCUGGGACUCCAUGGCAUGGAUACCUGAACGGCGCAAAUUUUCAGUACAACAACACUGUAACGUUCACCUGCCGUCCUCAGCAUCACCUGGAAGGUGAUUCCAAAAGAAAAUGUCAGGGGAAUGGACAGUGGAGUGGACAACAGCCCAAGUGCUUGGGUAAAUACGAAAUCCAGCGCCUAGUUCAAUUGGGGAUUGGUAGAAUCAGAGCCCUAGUAAAUUUCCGAAUAUAUUUUGAUUGAUGGUAGCUGAAUCGUCACACGUGUAUUAUUAAGAGAGCCAUCGGUAACGAAAUAAAGAAAAGUGGCAGUAAAAUAACAGAAAAGGUGAGUCUUUGUUGCGACAUUAACUAUUCUCUUCACGUUUUUAUUUCUUAGAAAGAUCUUGUGGAAAUCCUGGUAUCCCAUCAAAUGGAAUCAAGAUCGGAAGUAACCAUUCGUACGAGGCUUCCAUUCAGUUCACAUGCAAUCAAGGAUAUACACUGCACGGGUCCCAGGAACGAACCUGUCAAAACUCAGGGGAGUGGUCAGGUUCACAGCCAACAUGCCAGAGUAGGUCUAAUAUACUUCUUGGAACCAAAUCAAAUUUGUUGCUAAACCACCAUCAUUACAAGAACUUGGGUGCUGCUUUGGUACUCAGAAUUUCAUUAAUUCGGUCGUGCAAGGCAUGUGUCUUCGCCUAUGUACUACCUAACAUUAGUAGAAGGCUUGCUUACAAUAUUUAAGCCUUGUCAUCAACCUUUCCCACCUUACAAGAUACAAUUUUUUUUAAUAUUUAUCCUUUUGGAAUGAAACUUAUCCUCCUUCCUUCAGAUGGCCAUUAGUUUAUCCGUCAUACUGUCAGGUGCUACCCUCUAUAUAAAAUUGUUACUUACUCACUUCAUGCAACUUCAUUAAGGCCGUCUAAUGUGUACUUUCAAAGGUUCUUUUGUUAUGAUCUCUAAUAUAAUUGAUUGUCUAAAUCCUCAGUUGUGAGCUGCGGUGAUCCAGGAUCCUUGUCAAACGGAUUUAAGAUAGGCAAUAAGUUUACCUAUGGCGAAAGCGUUAUUUACGACUGUAAUGCCGGCUACAAACUUCAAGGAUCUAUCGUUAGGAAGUGUGGGGCUAAUGGUCAGUGGUCUGGAUCAGCUGCUAGUUGUGUCGGUAAGAAAUUGUUUCAUCGAGUUUUUAUUUUAUCCUCUCGUUGCGAACACCUUUAGUACUUGCUCCUUGGCAAACUCUUCUCCGACGUAAGAGUCAUUCUUAAGGCCUAUUUACACGGUACGACUUUGUCGCAUGCGACAAGCUUACGACAGGCCUACGACAUGACUUAGGACAAUUUACACGCGCACGACAUUUUCACCUACGACAUGCCAAAAUCGCGUGCAAUUCCACUCGUUUCGGCCGCGGUCAUUGUUUCAAUAAUUUGCAAGAGAAGGAAAAGAACCUCUUCCUCGCUCCACAGUGAUAUCAUAUUCUCUGUUUCCUCAUCUGAGAAUGUAUUUUUCGCUUUGGAAGCAGUCUUCGACUUUCCGGAGGCGACUUCCUCCGCCAUUUUGACGCAAGAAAAUUUCACCUUCCUCCCCUACUCAGUAGAAAUUUGUCACAAAAUACGUCAUUUUCUAUCAAUUUCGGCUACGAUUGUCGCAGCGUUUUAAAACAUGUUUUAAAAUCCUACGACAUUUUUCGUGACGUGCACGACAGUCGUAAGCGAGUGGUAGGUUUGAUUUACACGAUACAAUUCGUGUCGUAGGCCUGUCGUAAGCUUGUCGCAUGCGACAAAGUCGUACCGUGUAAAUAGGCCUUUAACUGGUAAAUAGCUAAAAAAUCUGCGUUGCGGUAGAUGGUUGAAGAGAAACUAAUUAAACUAAUCAUACGUCCUAAGGAGCCACCUCAUUCCAUUAAUACACAAAUUCAUCGGUCGUAAUUAUGAGAAACGUCGAAAAAAUCCCUUAUCAAUAAUGUAGCUAAUUGAUAUGAAUGCGAAAAUAUCUUAUUCAAAACAACUACAAAAAUUGUUUUCCUUUUGGGUAAGUGUACUGUAGGGUCGUUCCGGUUCAAUGCUCUACAUCCUAGAGGCAAGCCAAUGAACGCUAAAGGAAGAAACAGACAAAAUACGAAUCAUGCUCGACUCAAGCGUACAUCUUCUUAUCGUUUCAGCUUCUAAUUGCGGCAAGAUUCUUAACGGACCCUCAGGCUCUCUUCAAUCUACCAAUUUUCCGAACAAUUACCCGAACAAUGAGUACUGUACUUGGGAAAUUCAAGUGCCUCAAGGAAAGAAGGUCCGUUUAGAAUUCGAGGAGCUUCGGACAGAAGAGAACAAAGAUUUCGUACUCAUUUAUGACACCGGCAAGACAGACCCGGUCGUUGCGUUGAAUGGCGUUAAGGACAAACCGCGCGCAAUUACUUCCACCGGGAACAGCAUCAGAGUCAGAUUCAUUUCAAACAGUGUCAACUCUAACAAUGGAUUUAAAGUUUCUUACAAACAAACAGGUUAGUAAAGUUUUCACAAAGCGCACUGGCACGGCUUCUGCUGACCUUUAAAUUCAGCCGUCACAUCAUUCAAAUCAUCACGAUGGGUCAGGAGCGAUCGGCACCAGUUUGGUGAUAUCCAAGUGUGUGACUCGUUUUCUUUUUUUUUUUUAUCAUUUUGAAAUCUACUCAAAUUCAUGGAAAACUACUGGGUAAAUGUGAUCAUCUAAAGAGUUGUUUAUGUUAGGAAUGGAGUGGUAUAAUUGCCGGUGCCCUUACAUUCAGGUGAUAGGUAAAGUCGGUCCAACCUUCAAUUUUUAGAGCACGUCGAGCUCUGGAAAUAAAUUUCUCCAUUUACUUGUAUAGAUACUAUGCUUUAUCUUCUUGCAGUGACAUAUAUGAAAUUUUUUUUUCAGGCUGUGGAGGAAUCCUGACCAGUAAGACUGGAGAGAUACGCUCUCCUGGUUUUCCGAAUGGUUACCCGCCAAACCUCAGCUGUAUCUGGCUGAUCUUUAUUCCCGACAGACAAAUCGGCCUUACUCUGAACGAGUUUAAGACAGAAAAUGCUUACGACCGUCUCGAAGUUGCCCAUGGACCCUGGGUAACUUCACCGCUGGAGAUUGCCUGGAGCGGUCCCAGUCCCUUGUCAGGCCAGGUGGUGACCACCAAGUACAUGUGGAUUCAUUUUGUAAGUAGUGCACAAGACAAUGGUAUCUACAAGGGUUUCCGAGCCACAUACAAGCCAUAUGUUGCUUAUUCAAAAAAGAAAUGAUGAUGACUGAGGCAUAUUCAAGGGGGAUUCAAAUCAAUCUAAAAGUUUGUAGAGUUCGUUCAGUUAGUAGUUGUUGAUAGUUAAUAAAUAUGCAGAAGGAUUCCUUGUUUGAAUAGUUUUGAACUUUCUCUGGUCAAGUAGAAUGGAACGG